UGUUUAUGGUGAUGUUGAGGGAAUUGAAUCGAACAACAAUAUUAUUAAAUCUGAAGGUAGCCCCCAGGCAAAUUUGAAUACAAGUACAAUAGGUAUAUUGACUGUAAAAUAUAAAGGGCGCAAUUGGUACACUAACCGUAAAAUAUAUGAAGCGUAAUUGGUAUACUGACCCUAAAGUAUAAGCUGCGCAAUUGGUAUAUUGACCAAAUUUUGUUCUACCGCAAUUGGUCCAAACCCUAAUGGACUACUACUCACCUUCGCGUUGAAUUUCUGAACCAGUGGCACGUCGUGCAGCUGUUGAUCGGAUGACGACGUCAUGGCGCACGAAUAUUGGUGUGGACGGUCUAAAGUUCUAAAUAUCGAUAUUAAUUAUUUGUGUGCUCCGCGUACGGACAGCCACAACCGUGGUAAGACAGGCGGUGACUACCCUAAUCGUUGGCACGAACGACCGCAGCAGUUGUUCACUCGUACUGUUGUAGUGAAGCUGCAGCACUGAAACCAGAAGCAAACGGUGUGCAGCUGCUCGGAACUAGGAAAUCGAGACGAGACAGUGUGUCAGUGUCGCGACUACUCGUGAGACACGGCACACACGUGAGUACGUAACCGAUAAGGCCAUAAGUCCCAUGGACACUGAUACUAUUUGAUAAGUGAUAAAUGAUAAUAGUGAACGGCUGUGCGCUAUGCGCGGCGGCGCCGAACGCGUCUGUCUGUCGUCUGUGCAUGGGUGGUCGGAGGGAAGCGUAUGUUUGCAUAUCGUAUUUCCGAUUUUGCAGUCCACUCGCCCACGUUGUAUUCGCAACUCUGCGAUUUCGUCUCACCGACCGGCUGAGUUCUGUCUGCCAAGUGCCAACUGCAAAGGUGUCACGACGAAAAUGGUGCGACAGAAUUCGAAGCUAUUGGUGGUCUGCGGCCCGUCGGGCUCCGGCAAGUCGACGCUGCUGCGCAAGCUGUUCGACGAAUAUCCUGACAAGUUUGGUUUCUCGGUGUCGCACACCACCCGAUCGCCGAGGCGUUUCGAGGUGGAUGGCCAACACUAUCACUUCACUACAAAGGACCAAAUGCAAGCGGCCAUCGAUCGAGGAGAAUUCCUCGAGCACGCCAUCUUCUCCAAUAACAUGUAUGGUACCAGCCUUGAAGCGGUACAAAAUGUUCAAAAGUCUGGCAAGAUCUGUGUUCUUGAUAUCGACAUGCAAGGGGUUAUUCAAAUCAAAAAAGUGGCUAAUCUGAAACCAGUCGGUGUGUUUGUUAAACCUCCCAGUAUUGGUGAACUCGAAUUACGAUUGCGCAGACGGAAUUCAGAGUCUGAGGAUAAUCUACGAGCUAGAUUGAAUGUUGCACAACAGGAAAUUAACUAUGGAGAAACGCCUGGAAACUUUGAUUGUAUUAUAAUAAACGAGUCCUUAGAUAAAGCAUACAAUGUGUUCAAAGAAUUUGUUUUAAAGUCCUUUGAAAUUGUUGAAAAUUAAGUAUACAAUUAAAUAGUACCUAAAGUAUUCAGUAUUCGCAACUCAGUCAGUAAGUUUUAGUUAUUAUUAUUGUAAAAUGUUUUUGUUUACUUUACAAAAUAUUGCUAAAAAAACAUUCUAGAAUAAUGUCAUACCUCGUGUUAUACUUAGUUUUUAAUUGGUAUUGAGCUGUAUAAAAUAAUUCAAUUUAGUUUAUGAUUAGAGAACAUGAAUACAUUAUACAUAGUGUAUUAGUAUCUAGACAAUUUAUAACUUCUAUAUUUUACUUUUAAUAAUACCAUAUUUUAUUUUGAAUGUUUAACCAAUCAUGUCAAUACUUAUAACCUUAGCGAUAUAAAUAGACUAAGGUGAAUUUUCAUUGCCUUAACUAUUUUCUAAGAAGAAUACAUCAUAAUACUUCAGAUGUUCUAUAUAUAUUUUUAUUUAAUUUUUUAUUUAAAGGAAAUUUGACUGAUAUACUAUUCUGAGAAACUAAAUUAUUAGUGGAGGCCAUAUAAGGUCUGAAAUCCAUAAUCAUUCUUAAACAACUAAUGGUCUCAAUUUUGUUCAGUUGAUAAUUAUUAAUUACUGUCUCUAGUAUCAUAUCCACAUUUUGUUUGUUCUGAUAUAAUGUAAUACACUAAUACCAAAAUGAACCAGUUAUUUCUUCACUUACAUAUCGUGAUUUACACAAUACACAACAUCUAUUUUCUAUCUUGACUAUCUUACGUAUGUUAUAUGUUGUGCCAAAUGUAGUUUUUUUUAUUAAUUGAAUUGAAAUAUAAAAUUGUUAACUAAUAUUGAAAUACUAAAGAAAGAAAAAUGUAUUUAAACAAUUGUAAAUGUUGGUAGUAUAACUCAAAUUAAGUAUAUAUAGUCUAUAUAUUCAUAAUGUUAAAAUAACUCAAAUCAUACAAUGUUACAUAAAAUAUAAACAUAAAACUACUUGUUCCAAAUAGAAAGAAAAAAAAACAUUUGACAUUUAACUGUGUUGGUUGUAUCUGAUUUAAGAAUGAGACUGGUAUAAUUUAAUAUUUUUUUAUACAAUGUGUGUUAAUAAUAAAUAUAUUGAUGUGAAGAAUACCACUUUUGAGAUCCAAUUUAUUAAUAGUAAUGUCAUUUAAACUUAUGGUUUCUUAUUGUGUGGUUUCCCAAAUUAAAAUGCUUGUCUAAAAUUUAUAUGCUUAUAAUUAUACAUACUGUUGGCUUCAUUUUUGUUGAAUAUAUAUUUUAAUAUAUACUAUAUACAUGUUAAUGAAUAAAAUAGAUAUGUAGUUGUUUACAACAGUAUAAUAUUAAGUUUUUAAAUUAUGAAAAAAGUUAGAUGAUAAAUAUGUUAUUCUAUUAAAAAAGAUUAUAUAACUUUUUUUUUUUUAGUAUUUAUAUGAAUUUAAUCAAUGUAAAGUUAAAAAUAUUGUGUUGUUUUAAAAAUAUUAUUUUGGAUAAUAUUUCACAGAAUAAAACUAAAAUGUCAAUGAAAUAAAUAAUGUCAUCUAGUUCCA